GCGGCGCCCGUGAUCGGCGGCCAAACCAUUUGUAAACAAUGCUGUAGUUUCUGCACGACGUUUUGGAUGUCUUUCGAUCAUGUCAGCCACCUGUCGUCGAUCUCUGGAACGACUGUCGGCCAGCGAUGUUUCCGAACUGCUUUCUUCAAGAUGGCAUCGUUGAUUUUCAAAUGAAUUGUUUAUCUCUGUCCAGUGUCUUUCUAUUUACUUUUUUUUAUAAUCUCGACUUUUGCACAGAGAAACGACCGCAACUUCAGCAUUCACUCAGAUUAUUCACUACUUUAAGAUGAGUAAUUUCCAAGUAAUUAAAAAGUAAAUGUGCUGAAAGUGGUGGUUACUUCUCAGUGCAAAGUUGUUGAUUAUCCUUUACUACUUUCGUUAAGAGGACAUACCACCCCCCGUUUUCUAUGUGAACUUUGCAUAGGUUUUGUGGCUGAACUACGAGACAGAUCGGAAUGCGGAAACUUUCAUUGGAAAGGUGACGUCAAGAUCUCUUAACUCUGGGAACUGAAAUAUCGCUCUAGCGUUGUAAUUUUUUUUUACGGACCCCUGAAGGUGGGAACCACUCUGUUUUCUAUGUGAACUUUGCGUAGGUUUUGUGGCUGAACUACGAGACAGAUCGGAAUGCGGAAACUUUCAUCGGAAAGGUGACGUCAAGACCUCUUAACUCUGGGAACUGAAAUAUCGCUCUAGCGUUGUAAUUUUUUUUAAAAAAAGAAAAAGAAACGAAUUUUGUCGCUACAGCUUCAAAAAAUCCAAAUAAAUAAAUGAAAGGAAAUAAAAACAAUCCGCUUCUGAGGUUAACCGGGGACAUGUUUCAGGAUUCAAAUCACACGUUUUUUGUGUGUUUUUAGCAUUCUGUUUUUUCGAAAAAGAAUUAAAAGUGAGUACAGGCAUGCAUCCAAGGCGUUUACCACUGAUUCCGGAAGAUGGCGCCGUCCGCUCGCAGCGCCCGAACGGACUCCGCCUGUAAACCUCCGCGUAUUGCGCAGCAGUUGAUCGGCGUCCGUGGUUUCGGUUCGUCCUGAAGUGACCAAUUCGUGGCUAAGUUACGCGUUUUUUUCACUUUCUUGUCCUGUUCAUUUGCUCUCUGUCGUUGUGUGUUUUCUGCGUGUUCAUAGUAUUUACCCAUUAUGGCUCGAAGUCACGUCUACGGACAACGGAGACGUAAGAAGAAGGACUUUGCGAAUUUACGUGGUAGAGGCAGGCAUGUGACGGAGCCUGCGGAUUUGAGAGAUUUUGGUAAUGCAGGAUGCUCCAGCCGUGCUGUUCCGAGUGAUCGUUGCACUUCGACGACUCCACAUCGCGCAGAUACCCUUGUAGGCUCAACCUUUGGUGGUAGUGUUGUUCCUCAAACUGUAAGUGAUGCCGGUCGGAAUGCUUGUUUCGCUUCGAGCACAAGCGAAAUUCGUCCUUCAAAUUCAUCAUUUGCUGAUUCAGCUGAGGUAGAUAAUGUAGUCCCCUGCAGUUCAGGUUGUGACGAGCUUGCCGGUUCCAGAGCAAGUCCCGUUCCAAUCACUGCCGCUGUUACACCCAGUCGAUCUCCAUCUUUCGAUACUGGCAAUGUUCACCAGACACAGAGUCAGCGCACAAGCAGUGUGAAUGGUCGGCGUAUAGUGGAGAUUGAUCACUUCUUCUCGUCUUUGCAAAGUUUGUCGGUACAUAGUCCGUUUGGUUGCGGCCUGGCUGACAUGGAAAUUGUAUCAGAACAUCGGCGAGGUCUGUGUAGCUCUUUCAGUUUGAAGUGCAGGAUGUGUCUGAGGAAAGAUGUAGUCACAACGGAGGCACCAGUUGAUCAACUUGUCCAACAACGCAUGGACGUCAAUUCCUCCGCAGUGAACGGUAUCGUGUCUAUAGGUUCUGGUUUCUCAGGCCUUCUCGAGCUCCUAGGUGCUCUGGACAUACCCGGCAUGGCUAGUAGCACGUACAGUAAGUAUCAGGAUAUUGUUGCUAAAGGAAUCGACAAAACAGCUUGGGAAGAAAUAAGAAAAGCAGGCAUUGAGGAAGCUCGGUUAGCUAGGGAGGCUGGGGACGUCGAUGUUGACGGUUUUCCUAUAAUUACGGUCGUUGCCGAUGGUGCUUGGUGCAAACGUUCAUACAAGAACAAGUACGACGCUCUUUCUGGCUUGGUAAGUAAAUAUUGUUAUCUACACUAAAUAAAGGUGCCCGAAAAAGGAGGAUUUAUCUUGCACACCGCUUGGCAGACGGGAUAUACAGGAAGUCUGUGCCCACCAUUUGUGGAAAGAACAAUAUGAGCAUUUAUUUGGAGGAAAAAGUUGACCCCUCUGGUGCUAGUAGUGGCACUGCUGUCUUUUGGUAAACACACUUACUAGAGUGGUAUACAUCAUGUGGCAUUAGUUUGUACGAUACGCGUACAGAUGCAUAAUUCCUGGAAACAUUGUCAUUGGGGGUAGAGUUUUGUGGAAUACAAUCCUGACAUUUUUUCGUUUUUGCAGGUUGUAAUUGUUGGGUACCGCACAAAGAAAGUACUGUUCCUAGGCGUCCGGAACAAAUUUUGUACACUGUGCGCAAGUUGCAAGUCAGGGUCGAGCCCAAAAAAGCAUCUGUGCUUCAAGAACUGGGACAGCAGCUCUACCAGUAUGGAGAAGGAUAUCGUCGUUGAAGGCUUCAGGCGCAGCAUUGAGUUGCACGGGGUAAAGUACUUGCAGUUGAUCGCUGACGGUGAUUCGAGCACAUACAAGUCAAUUCUUGAAGCUGCACCGUACCAGCAUCAGGUAGUUCAGAAGAUAGAAUGUCGCAACCACCUUCUUCGAAACUAUGUAAGUCGUCUUCGAGAUGUUGCUUUGGCAAAGAGAACAACCCCCAUUCCCCCAUCGCUGAAGAAGCUACUUCUGGAUAAUGCUGUUCGACUAAGAGUUGGAGUUGCUAGGGCUAUUCACUAUCGCAAAGAGCAGGCUGAGUUCAGCAAACAAGAUCAGAUUCGGAACCUGGUGGCUGAUAUCCGUAAUGGGCCACUCCAUGUGUUCGGCGACCACGCAAAAUGUGCGGGUUACUUUUGCAGUGGUCCAAGAGAAGGGGAAGUCAAUCACGUCCCAGAGCUCAGGAAAUGCGGACUUUUCAAUGAAAUCCUUGUAGCAAUGAGUCGUUUGGCAAACAAUGGUAGCAGCUUGAUCCUUGACGUUAACAAUAAUGCUGCAGAACAUUUCAAUUCUCUCGUUGCAAAGUUUUCUGGCGGUAAAAGAAUAAACUUUUCCCAGAGGGGAUCAUUCGGAAUGCGGGCUUCAGGAGCUGUCGUGUCUUUCAACUCUAAGCAGUACCAUCGUGCUGUACAUAAGGCAGUGUACAACACCAGCCCUGGGAAGUAUGCAAAAAUUAUGCUGAAGCGUAAAGCAGCUGUUCGUGCUGCUUGCAUAAGGCAUCGGAGUUCUGGGGCUGCUCGCUGCAAGCGUUCACUUGAAGGUGCAACUUGCAAGCGUGCUUCCAGCGACAACCACUAUGGUUCCAUAGUGGAUGCUCCAGACAUGAACCACGAUGACUAUGUUGAAGCUGCUGCGGCGUACAAGGAUUCCCUUGUGCUCUCCCAACCAGAUGCAGAGCAGCUCGAGGCUGAUACUCGAGGUCAAGAAGGGAGAACUUUGUGGAUCCAGGAGAGGCGAAAGCGACUCACCGCUUCUAAUUUUGGCAAGGUAUGCAAGAUGCGAGAUGCAACGAGCAGUGCAAGUACUGUUCGUUCCUUGCUCUAUGGUCAUUUUGACACUGAGGCUCUCCGAUAUGGUCGCGACACUGAGCCCAUUGCAAUUGCUAAGCUGCAGGAUGAGUUAGGGGUGACUGUUUCACCAUGCGGCCUUGUUGUUGAUCAGGAGUUUGCAUACCUUGCUGCAACACCUGAUGGGCUUGUCGGUGACGACACUGUCGUGGAAGUGAAGUGCCCUUAUUCGGCUCGGUCCCUUACCCCUGUGGAGGGAGUGCGGGCAAAAAAAAUCACCUUUUGCACUAUUGAUAACUCUGGUAAUAUUUCGUUGAAGGAAAACCAUGACUACCACUAUCAGGUGCAGGGACAGCUCCACAUCACUCGACGUCAGUUUUGUCUUUUUGUGGUAUAUUCUGGUGAGGAAAUUUUUGUCCAGAAGAUCGAGAGAAAUGAUGGCUUCUGGAGCAAAAUGAUUGGCCACCUUCAACUGUUCUACUCGCAUAGCCUUCUACCGGAGUUGGUUGACCCUCGUCAGUCCCGUGGGCUGCAGCUCAGAGAUAACAAGAAGAGUGACCAUCAGGUUGCCUCGCUCUGUGAUGCCGCCAAAACAACUUCCAAUCAGGGCGAUUCAUCCAGAAAGAGACGGAAGACUGGUAAAGAUAACUAACCUGCCGCUGUUCUGGAAUUAUGGCUAGACUGUGGAUUUACGUGUCAUUUAGUUUGUGCGGCUCCACCUUUGCCACGUGUUUUAAUGCAUAUUCAUCCAUUUUGCUUCAUAAUUUACUGAAUGUUUUUCCAUAUCGACUUUGGCUCAGGCUGCAUAUCUUCACGUUUGUGUUUCAUAUUUAAGUUACCUUUUUCCAUUUUGACUGUGCAUAUCUGUGCAUAUUUUUCAAUUUUCCUAAAUAUUUGUAUUAAUAUAUUUCUAUGUAUAAAUCCACAGACUAGUCGUGGGAUGCUUGUCAUAUUUUAAACAUGGCGUAAGAGUGUGAAAUCUGAAUCCAGCCAUCAGCACGUGAGGAUCUAAGUAUGAGAAUGGUGCACAGUCUCCCAACCGUAGAACCGUCUUCCCCGGCAUUGUUGAAACACGUCCACACGUUGAUGCUAUAUGUGUGAGGCCAUCAUGGUAUUCUGCCUUGGCUUGAGUGUAUGAAGAUAUAGCAAAGCUGUCCCCAAACCGUCGUUCUUCCCAGGCAUGGUUGAAACACGUCCACACGUUGAUGCUAUAUGUGUGAGGCCAUCAUGGUAUUCUGCCUUGGCUUGAGUGUAUGAAGAUAUAGCAAAGCUGUCCCCAAACCGUCGUUCUUCCCAGGCAUGGUUGAAACACGUCCACACGUUGAUG